AAUAUGAGUGCAAUCGGGACGGGAUAUGAUCUAUCGGCCUCACAGUUUUCACCCGAUGGCCGUGUCUUUCAAGUGGAGUACGCGCACAAAGCCGUAGAAAACAGCGGCACUGUCAUUGCAUUAAGAGGAAAGGAUGGCAUUGUUUUAGCCGCCGAAAAGUUGGUCACAUCGAAACUAUACGAGAAGGGCGCCAAUAAACGUAUCUUUAAUGUUGACCGACAUAUCGGUGUUGCUGUGGCCGGACUUUUGGCAGACGCGAGAGCUAUAGUGGAGAACUCCAGAGAAGAAGCUAAAAAUUACCGAUCAGAGUACGGAUCGCCGAUUCCUAUUAAAUAUCUAAAAGAAAGGACAGCCAUGUAUUUACACGCAUAUACUUUGUAUAGUGCGCUCCGACCAUUCGGCUGUAGUGUCUUAAUGUCAUCUUAUGAUGCCAUCGAUGGGCCUCAACUCUAUUGUCUCGACCCGUCAGGACUUUCAUGGGGAUAUCACGGGUGCGCCAUAGGAAAGGCUAAACAGGCGGCAAAAACAGAACUCGAAAAAUUGAAACUUAAAGAAAUGUCAGCAAAAGAUUUGAUUAAAGAAGCGGCAAAAAUUAUUUAUAUGGUUCACGACGAGAUCAAAGACAAAGCAUUUGAACUGGAGAUGAGUUGGAUUGGAGCCGACACUCGGGGCAAACAUGAAUGGGUGCCCAAAGAAUUGUUUGAUGAGGCGGAACGUCUGGCAAAGGAGGCGAUCAAACCCGACUCGGAUUCAGAUAUUGAACAGGAAUAGUGUCAUCCUUUUAAAUAUCACUUUCUAUUUCCAUAUAAUAUCCGAUUCAAAUAAAUUUUAAUACAAUGACACAAU